GCGAUCGAGCAGGCCUUUGGGACUAGGGGACGCCCACUUGCGCCCAGUGCCGAUGUAGCCUGUUCCCUAGCAGUAGCCAGUGACUUGGGGUCCAAACCGGCGCUUCCCUGGGGUGUGUCUCUCCUCACAGGAUUCCGCACCCCCAAGCCCUACUUCUCCCCCCCGUUUGUGGAUCCCCGAGAUGGCGUUAGCGGAAACGAAACCGCCUGCAGGGAUGAUUCGGAUUUUGAGUCAGCUUACAGGUUAAACAACAACCCUUUUAGCUGGCCUCAGCGUACCGAACACUACCGCCUGGGGGGAGGCCGACUUGUACUUUAUGCCCAAUAAAUUUUCCACCUCACCUCGAGUCUGUGGGGUUUAGCCAACCCGCAAAGGUCCUUGGUGCCCCUUUUCUAAUCAGUUUUGAUGAUCAUCGUCUUGGCUUAGUUUUGUCAGUCACAAACAUCAUAAAACGGACUUAUCCAAUUGCAUUUGGGUAUUGGCAGCCACCCAUUUGCCCGCCAAUGAAGUAUAUCCUGGUUACUGGUGGAGUCAUCUCAGGCAUUGGUAAAGGGAUCAUCGCCAGCAGCAUUGGGACCAUUCUCAAGUCAUGUGGACUCCGAGUUACUGCCAUCAAAAUUGACCCCUAUAUUAACAUCGAUGCUGGGACUUUCUCACCUUAUGAACAUGGUGAAGUGUUUGUUUUAAAUGAUGGUGGAGAAGUUGAUUUGGACCUGGGAAAUUAUGAAAGAUUCUUGGACAUUAAUCUUUAUAAGGACAACAACAUCACCACUGGGAAGAUAUAUCAGCAUGUGAUUAAUAAGGAGAGGCGUGGUGAUUUCCUGGGGGAGACUGUUCAAGUUGUCCCCCAUAUUACUGAUGCUAUCCAGGAGUGGGUCAUGAAUCAAGCCAAGGUGUCCGUGGAUAGUGAUAAGGAAGAACCCCAGAUAUGCGUUAUUGAGCUGGGAGGCACUAUUGGAGACAUCGAAGGAAUGGCAUUUGUGGAAGCAUUCCGACAAUUCCAGUUUAAAGCAAAAAAGGAAAAUUUCUGUAAUAUUCAUGUCAGCCUUGUACCACAGCCCUGUGUUACUGGAGAACAAAAAACCAAACCCACACAAAACAGUGUCCGUUCGCUGAGGGGGUUGGGCUUGUCUCCAGAUCUGAUUGUCUGCCGUAGUUCCAAACCUAUUGAGAUGGCUGUGAAGGAGAAGAUUUCUAUGUUUUGUCAUGUGAACCCUGAGCAGGUCCUCUGUAUCCAUGAUGUUUCUUCCAUCUACCGAGUGCCUCUUCUUUUGGAGGAGCAAGGCGUGGUUAAAUAUUUUAAAGAGAGAUUGAACCUACCCAUCAGUGACUGUUCAAGUAAUUUGCUUUACAAGUGGAAAGCCAUGACUGACAGGUAUGAAAGACUGCAGAAAAUAUGCUCCAUCGCCCUGGUUGGUAAAUACACCAAACUCAGGGACUGCUAUGCCUCUGUGUUCAAAGCAUUGGAACAUUCAGCCUUGGCCAUCAAUUACAAGUUGAAUCUGAUGUACAUAGACUCCAUUGAUCUGGAGCCAGUCAUGAAAGCUGAAGACCCUAUGAAAUUCCAUGAAGCUUGGCAGAAGCUGUGCAUAGCCGAUGGCAUUAUUGUGCCUGGAGGCUUUGGACUCCGAGGAACGGUGGGAAAACUCCAGGCAAUUUCUUGGGCAAGGACAAAGAAGAUUCCAUUUCUGGGAAUUUGCCUUGGGAUGCAACUGGCUGUGAUCGAGUUUGCAAGAAACUGCCUGAAUUUGGAAGAUGCUAAUUCUACAGAAUUCGAGCCAAACACUCCAGUUCCGCUGGUAAUCGACAUGCCUGAACACAACCCUAGUGACGUGGGAGGAACAAUGAGACUGGGAUUAAGACGAACUGUUUUCACAACUGAAAAUUCCAUACUGAAGAAGCUUUAUGGUGACGUUCCUUAUAUAGAAGAAAGACACAGACAUCGCUAUGAGGUAAACCCUAACAUGAUCAACCGAUUUGAGAAGAAAGACCUUCGCUUUGUUGGUCAGGAUGUAGAUGGGAAGAGGAUGGAAAUUAUUGAAUUGACAAGUCAUCCGUAUUUCGUUGGUGUCCAGUUCCAUCCGGAGUUUACUUCUAGGCCGAUGAAGCCUUCCCCUCCAUACCUGGGGUUCUUACUUGCAGCAACCGGCAAUCUGAAUACCCACCUCCAACAGAUGAGCAGACUGUCGUACAGUGAUGCCUACAGUGAUGUCAGCGACGACAGCUUUUCAGAGGCAAAGCUAGCUGAACUGGAAAUCAACUGAAGCUCUUUAUGCCUCAGGAAUGACAGGGGCCACCUGAAGCCUCUGAAGUAAUUAUACUUAAGAUGAAAGAAUUAUCUGAAGAAACCACCACCCUGUUCCCUAGACACGGGCUAUGAAGAUUCAAAGGGAAUCGGAAAAUGUUUACUUCAUGAAAGAGAACCAAAGGGAUUCUUUUCUUUUCCCCCUAGAGGCAGCCUGUAGCGCUCACACAUUUCUGUACUUAAUUAAAUGUCAUUCAGCAG